CGAGAUCCAGUCUUGUUCGUGACACCAAUGCGGCGGCGUUCCGUGCGUUCGGUACAAUAAUAAUAAUAAUAAUAAAAAUAUCUCGUCGUACACUGAUAAAUCUACUUACUCUUCCGUACUCGAGUGUACGUAUAAACGUCAUCGUCGCCGUCGAUCUACUCGAUAUACGCACAUCACGGAGAGAGAACAAUAUAUCGUCCGACAAUUUCUGUUUCGCGUUUCGUGUUAUACUUACAGAGCAUAGGAAAUACGCCACGUACCGCAUUAUAUAUAUAUAUUUUAUUUAUUUUUUUACCGAAAUCGCCGAAUAGUAUACCUCCCGCGAGUGUACGCAGAUAUUUGUAUUUUUUUUUUCUUCUUAUAUUUAUUUUUUAUUAUUUUGUGUGUGUGUUACCUAUCAUUAAUAAUAUACAAUAUCACGUCGUUUGUUUCACUAUAGAGUUGUUUUUCGUUUCGAUAAAAUAUUUUCUUGAACACACGUACAAAUAAGACAUUCGCCGGCUUCGUUUUUCGAUGUUCAUCCGCUUUACAAACGUUUCUCACUGCACAGUUACGGAAAUAUGACGGUUACCAAUUACGGCAUGAUGAGGCCCUGUUUUACCGGAUACCCAUUUCAAGGCCAGGGCCGGGUGAACCAGUUGGGCGGCGUGUUCAUUAACGGCCGGCCUUUGCCCAAUCACAUACGGCUGAAGAUCGUCGAAAUGGCCGCGGCUGGCGUACGACCGUGCGUUAUAUCCAGACAGCUGCGCGUGUCACAUGGAUGCGUAUCGAAGAUUCUCAAUCGCUACCAAGAGACGGGUAGCAUCCGACCAGGCGUGAUUGGCGGCAGUAAACCCAGAGUUGCAACGCCAGACGUGGAACGUAGAAUCGAGGAGUAUAAAACGGAAAAUCCCGGAAUUUUCAGCUGGGAGAUACGCGACAGAAAUGACAAUGAGCCCGCCCAAUAUCACGAUAAUAAAAGAUUGAUUAGAGAAGGAUUGUGUGACCGAGGAAGCGCUCCGUCUAUUAGCGCAAUAUCCAGACUUUUAAGGGGCCACGAUGGAGAUGAUUCGGCUUCAGAAAAAAAAGUUAGCGACGGCAAGACUUCAGACGGUUCGGACUGUGAUUCGGAACCAGGUAUACCGCUAAAGCGCAAACAGCGACGCAGCAGAACCACGUUUACCGCGUUGCAGUUGGAUGAGCUAGAAAAGGCGUUCGAGCGCACCCAGUACCCAGACAUUUACACUAGAGAAGAGUUGGCCCAGCGUACCAAGCUGACCGAAGCUAGAAUACAGGUAUGGUUCAGUAAUCGGCGUGCCAGACUGAGAAAACAAAUGUCGAGCAACACCGGAAGUUCCACGCCAGGUUCCGGUGGCUACGGUAUGGGAUUGGCCCUCGGGUACUCACCGUCCGCUCAGCAGCAACAGAACCAACAGCAACAGUCGUCGGGCCCGAACUCGUCAUCCACACCCGCUUACAUAAUGUCACCGCAACAGUUGCACGAACCGUACAACACAACGCCGGACGGAUACAAAGAAACCGACGACCAUCAUCAUCAGCAGCAGCAGCAACAGCAACAACAGCAACAGCAGAUGAUCAAGGACGAACAUCAGCAAAACAGCAUGAUGUACAGCGGUCUAGGUGCCACGUCAUUAAUCGACCACGACAACAGGCCUCACAGCAACAUUAGCACCGAAGCAGCAACGGCUACAUCGUACAUAGGAAUCGCGGGCGGUACGUACCCGACCACGCCGCUCUACACGUCCUCGUCAUCGCUGCUAACUUCUCAAAUGGGACAGUUGAACGGAAGCGGUCAGCUUUCGCAAUUGCACAUCGGUCCAGGCGGCGGCCAUCACCAGGCCUCGUCGCCGAACUUGCUAUCGGCCGCGUCGCAGUCCUAUCAGAUCGGUUCGGCGGCGGCUAACUCGGCUCCCACAAUGAUUACACACCAUCAACUGUCUCCUGUGUCGGCCAACAUCACACUCAUGGGACAAUCAAACGGAGCGAAUGGUGGCGAAAGCCUGAUCACGGUGUCAUCGUCCGAACUGGUGUCGAUGCAGAGCCCGUCCAGCUGGUCGACGCUGGCCAACCACCACGGUAUCGGCAUUGGCGGUGGAAGCGGCGUCAGCGGACACCAUCAGAUGCCGCCCAUGAAUCCGACUCGGAUAAGUCCACAGCCCGCGCUCAUACCGACAGCUUGCAUGGGUGGUCAGAUGAGUCCUACUUCGGCUGCUUACUAUCAGCCCCGACAGACGCAUCCACCGUUUUACACGUGGUACUGAUUCUCCACUUUCUCUCUGGGAGAUUCAAUUCGCUCCGACGAUUUUUCACCAUUUUCUUCUAUCCUGACGAAAAUUCCACCUGCCUACAACCUGCCGCCACAUUUAAGAAGUACUGCAAAAACUGCGAUGCACUGAAUGUUUUCCGCGAAGGUACCGAUAAAUUCGCAGGUUUAAAAAAUUGAUUUUUCCGUCUCAAGCCUCGGUCGGUGUAGUUAGGUUCAUCAUCGUCGUAAUUCCUAUGAAUACACAUACCAAUUACCGGCGCAAUCCGUCGAUUUUAUAUACUAUCGUUGACAAACAUCGAUCUGAAGUCCUACUCGCACUACAGAUUAUUUAUAUUCUGGGGACGAGCGUACAUAAUAUAUAGAAUUAUAAUACGUCUAAUGACAUAAUAAUCACGAUUCAUAAAUAAUAAUAUUAUAUGUACACAAAACAAUAAUAUUAUGCAAAUCGAAAACCGUCUUCUAUAGUUCUUUCUAAAAAUCGGACUUAAACAGCUAUACAGAAUGAAAAAAAGAACAGACUGAUGAAAAAAACUACGACCGUUUUUUAGCACUGCAACACGCCCGCUGUACAAUUAGUAUUGUAAUAUCGUUCACAUCUCGGUUCACAAAAAUUAUUGUAAAACUCGUGUUCAGCAUCGUGAAUAUUAUAACACGCGCCACAUGGUAUUUUUUUUUUUAUUCGAACGUUAUGAGACGGUUGCGCGGUCAUUCGUCGGGAGGAAGAUUUUGUUCGAUCAGAACUAUAUUAUGAAAUAAUAUUUCAAGAUCUAUUUGCUAUUAUACCAGAAUAAUGCACUGGAUCGCGGUGACAAUACAGUAUUAUAUACAUUUGUAUAUAAAGAUAUAUAUUAUAUGACGCGAUGACGAUAACUCAAAAGUGCCACAAUGCUACAUUCCGAAUUCUAUGGCCGAUGUUAUUUACUCUGUACGUACGGCUAGGUCGUAAGGGACACGAGUUACAAUAAUGCACAUAAACCUACUACAAUGUACAAAACACACAAUGUAAUAUAAUAAUAAAUGACACAACGUGCACCACACCUAUAUGCGUGUGUAAUAUUAUAGAUAUAUGAUAUUAUUAUUUAUAUACUGUUGCGGAGUACGAUGAUUGUUGUCGGUAGUCGAUUUUCAGAAAUAACACACAAGUUCAAUGCCGGUCGCCAGCGAUCGUCAUCCCUUGACGGAGAGGGUAGCGGCAAGGUACGAUCCGGUGAAAGCAACAAAAAAAAAACAAAAGAAACCGUUAUCAUUUUGAUAGGUCUUCCGGUCAAGUGUGCGGAGAUUAUGUGUGUUAUUGUAUAGGUAUAUUAUACAUCACGUAUAAAACAUCGGUACAAUACGAUUGUAGUAGGUAGUUGACAUGUGGUAAACGUCACGAAUUCUUUCAUCUCGCUCGUCCACAACAGCAUCAGUAAACGGCACUCUCUUGCGAAACGUACUUUUGUAGCGUACCUCAUACUCACCAACCGACCAUACACGUAUGUCAUGAUAAAAUAAUGAUUUAUUAAAUAGUUUAUGGUCGAAGGUUGUAAGGUCGAGUUACAUUAUUACGAUAAUUGUACCUGUGCAGCCAAUCAGCUUCCCUAUAAAUAUAUGAUAUAAUAUAAUAUGAUGUAACAUAAAAAUACACUUGUGAAUUUGUUUCGAUGUAGGUUUAAGUCUCAAACUCUUACACGAUAAUUAUUGUAUAGUGAUGUAUGUACAUAGCGUUUAAUUUUCUUGUUGGGUAGACGAAAUAAUUUUUUUUGUAUGUUCCUUAUAUUCAUUACACUAUAUGUAUAUAAAAUAUAACAUUGUUUGAACGCAAACAGUUGUCUGUGAGGCAAUUAAAACCCGAUUCCUAUUUUUUUUUUUUUUUAAUUUUUGUAUUUAAAUGCCGUUUUAAAAUUAAAACGCAAUUACGAAAUUAUAUGUUAUAUAUUAAUAUUAAAUAAUACUAAUACGCCUUAUACACUAUUGUCUGUGUGACCUGCUAAAGUCAUUCCGGCGAUGCGAUAUGAUGAAGUCAAACAAAAAUCAUUUAUAUUACGUCGAAGGGGAAAAAACCUAAUAAAAAUAUCGAUUUAAAUUGCCCACAUG